GUACCACAAGCCGAAGGGCAUGGUCACCUCCAUGCGGGUGCAGAAGAACAUCAAGAAGACGGACCUCGAGGAUCUGCGAUCAGUCGUGUCUUUCGCCGGGGACGAGUUCGAGCUCGACCUCUAUCACCCGGUAGGUGGCCUUGCCACCAGUGCCAGCGGGCUCUUCCUCUGGAGCCGAAGUGGGCGCUUGACUCGACAGCUCCAAGAUCCUCGGCGGGGUGUGGCAGACAUCUUGGAGCUGGAAGUCUGCGGAGCUGUUCGAGCAGAGUAUCUCGACGAGGCUUUGCAGUCUGGCGUGAACCUGGGAGUGACCGGCUUCCAGAGGACUUACACCGCCAGCGUCUUGGAGGCUGCCCUUCUGCCGGACUCGUCCCUGCAAGAGCCACGGUCGCGGGUCACAAUUCUCGUCAGGGAUGGCAGGGCGCAAGUGCCAGCCAUGGUGCAAAGGUGUGGCUACAAGGUC